AUCUAUUUUUGUCAAGUAUUCUAUCAGUAACCGGCUAGGUUAGCCGUAUGUGUUACUCGAUUUAACAAUAUAAAACAAGGAAGAAAAAUGCCCGCGUGUGACGUGUGCCAGAAGCCUGCUAAUCAAACCUGCGGGGGAUGCAAAUUGGUAUUCUACUGCUCUAAAGAUCAUCAAAAAGUCGCGUGGAAAGAUGGCCAUAAAAUCAACUGUCGACCGUUCAAAAUAGAAUAUUCAAAACUUAUUGGGAGACAUAUGGUAGCUUCAAGAGACAUAAAGCAAGGAGAAGUGAUUCUACGGGAAAAGCCAGCUGUAACUGGUCCGAGAAUGGCAUGUUUACCCCAUUGUCUUUCGUGUGCUCGUAAACUAGAACCAAUUGAAAAUAAUAACGUUUUGGAUUUUUAUAAAUGUUCUAAAUGUAAUUGGCCCAUGUGCGACGCCGAAUGUGAAAAAUCUGAAGUGCAUAAAGAAGAAUGUGAUCUAAUGACAUCUAAUCAAUACAAAUGUAAUAUUCAGUAUGACCCUACUGAUAAAGGACAAGCAGCGUAUUGUGUUAUUGCGCCUUUAAGAGUCCUUUUAAUGAAGAAGUCUAGCCCUGGUCAAUUUGAAAGUAUAAUGAACUUAGAAUCCCACUUAGAAGACAGAAUACACACACAAUUAUAUAAAGUUUUAAAAGCUAAUCUAGUUACAUUUAUAGUACAGGUACUAAAACUGCCAUUUGAAGAGGAAACUAUUUUAAGGAUAGCUUCGAUAUUUGAUACGAAUUCAUUUGAUGUAAGAUCAGCGGAUGGCUCAAAGCGAUUUAGAGGUAUUUAUGUUACUGCUUCAAUGAUGAAUCAUAAUUGCAGGCCUAAUACCAGACACUUAUUUGUUGGUGAUGAUAAUGCCAUGAUUUUGAUUGCCACUGUUCCAAUUAAAAAGGGAGAAGAGUUGACUGUUACAUACACACAGUCACUGUGGAGUACAUUAGAUAGAAGAAAACAUUUGAAAAGCAUAAAAUAUUUUGACUGCUGCUGUAACAGAUGUGCAGAUGCGACGGAAUUUGAAACCUAUUUAGGAAGCAUAUAUUGCUCAAUUUGCAGUAACGGUGAUUCAAAAACAAUGAUGCUUUCGACAAAUCCUUUAAGUGAAACUGCUCCUUGGAAAUGCGCAAAGUGUGAACACUGUAUAGAAAGUAGACAAAUGUUUUGGGGUAAUAAUGCUUUAAAGCAAGAUCUUAAGAAAAUAAACAAGACGAAUCCAAAAGAAUUUGAAGACUUUAUUGAAAACUAUUGCAAAACCUUACAUCCUAAGAAUCACUUAAUAAUACAAGCAAAGUUAGCACUUAUGCAAAUUUAUGGAAACUAUAACGGCUACACAUUAACAGAUUUACCCGACUACCUUCUAAAACGUAAAAUAGACAUUUGUUUUGAACUCUUGGAGGUAGCAGACCAGUUAGAGCCGGGGUGGACAAAAUUUCGAGGAAACAUACUUCUUGAGUUACAAGCUGCGCUAGUAAUGCAAUCAAAGAGAGAUUUUGAAGUUGAUAAGAUUACUAAAGAAGGUGCCCAGGAACAGUUGAUGGAAAGCAUGGUCCUACUUCAAGAAGCGGUGCAGAUUUUGAAAGUAGAACCACAAAUGAAAUUAAUACUUGAACAGAAAGUAAAUGAAUUGGCAACAUUGAUAGAUUCGACAUCAUCUAAUUGAUAAAAACUGGUAAAAUACCCCACAAAAGCAUGGAAGCAUAAUCUUGUACACAUUGUUCAUAUAUAUUUUAUUCUACAACAUGCAUUUUAUAAUUACUACUGAAACUAUUAGUAGUUUUUCAGUAAGCAGUGUAACUGUCAAGUAAACAGUUCUUAUUGAAAGUUUGAUUUUUUUAGUUUUGUCGUAUUUACUGGACGCGACUAAAAUAAAUGUUUGUAGAAAAUAGGUGAACAGCACUGACCCCUAAACUAUAUGCCACUGGACUGGCGGCUGUCAAAGUACUUUUGUGGCUGUUUGAUAUUCACCAUUUUGGCGCUGUUGGCCAUGUAGCGAGAGUCUGCGGUACUAAAAUAGUGAUAACAAUCUCAGCAAACAUCGAUAGAUGGUGGGAAACUAUUUACAAAACAAUUAAGUUGAUUCUCGAAGUAUAAAUAAUACGGAAAAUUAACGAAAUUAAUUCAAAAUGCAAAAAUACUUCAGAGUAUUAUGCGUUCCUUCGCAGCCAUUUGCAUUAUACGUCAAAAUUAGUCCUCUGGACUCUCGCGAGUGCCGCUUCAAAUAGGCACAAAAAAAAAUCUUUCAAACAUAUGGAAUUACCUGUCCAGUGGUAUUUAUACAGGUCAGUGAUGAACAGGAACGACACAGGAAGCUUCAGGUCUUUAUUCAAAUCUCUUCCGUCACUGAUUACUAUGUGCAAAAGAUCAGAGAUAAGCAUUAGACAUCUUGGCUAUCAGAAAUAACAUUACGUUGAAUUUGUAUACCAUAUUUAUUAAACUUUGUUAAAGAUUCUUCAUAUUAUUGUAUAUUGCUCAAUAAAAUAAUUUCAAUUUGAUAAA